GUACUGGGAAGUGCUCGAUGGCUCCGCAAUCAGAGAAGUGCAAGGCUCUCUGUCGAGCUCCAUCAACGGGAUGGACAUCACAUCGGACGGGGCGUCCUUUGUCACAGGAACACCGAAGCGUUCCCCUGCCUGGGAGCGGGGAACAAAAAGCAGCAGAACUCGGUGUAUCACAGUAUCACAGUAUGUUUGGGAUGGGAAGGGACCUCAGAAGAUCAUCCAGUCCAAUCCCCCCAUGGAGCAGGAACGCCCAGGUGGUGACGACCAUCUGGUGAAGCUGUGGGACUAUAAGGAGGGCACGGUGACUCACGUGGGAGUGGGCCACAGCGGCAACAUCACCCGCCUCAAGAUCUGCCCCGCGAACAAGUACAUGGUGAGCGUGAGCGCGGACGGUGCCGUCCUCAUCUGGAAACAGCCCAGCUCGGGCUGACAGCCGGUGCCGGAGCUGCUGGGCUGCUGCUUCCCCGGCCGGCCCUGGAAAUGCUCUUUUCUUACCACUCAGUUUGUUGUCAAUCGUUUGUUCUCUUAGAGUAAACAGGAUAUUUCUACUCCCUGGUAUGCAUUUACCAGGUCCUUAGAUACCCUUUCUAGCUCAAUUUUUUUCAGGGGAGCUAAGAAUGUGCUGUUUGUUUUGGAUUCAUCACUUCCGAAAAUCACCUUGGCAGUUGUUGUAACAGUUUGCGUUGUUCCUGCCGCCUUUCCUGCCCGUCUCAGCAUCAUCUGCCUUGUACGUCUACUCAUUUGUGGGCUCUCUCUUGCUUUCACAUGGUCUCUCUCUUCUCUGCACUGUCCUGUCUCUUAUUUAAUGAAUAACUUGUUGUUUCAAUUCAGUCUGCUGUGUUUAGUGCAGACAGCAGUGCAGGCAGUGGUGCAGACAGGCGUGUAGACAGUG